UAAAGUGUGGGCUUACAACUUACAUUACACACAGUAGUAGUUUUUGUGUCCCUGAUAUUUUGUUUUCAUCCCUUAGUUUAGGUUGUUCCUGACGUUAGCAGGAGCUAACUCUAGCAGUUGGUAGCAAACGUUAGCUCCUACCUACGAGGUGACUGGGCACAUCAGUAGGACGAACUAAACAGUUAUUUUGAAUACAUUUUAGAGGGCAGGAUUGUCUUGUCUUGUAUGGUCCAGUGGAUACCGCAUUCAACGUAAAUUGUGUUAAACAAAGACCGGGCUCUUGUAAUGUCUUUGCGAUGUUUGUCAAGUUUGACAACUACCGUUGAUGUUGCUAUGUGAACAUAGGUAGCUUCUAACUGUCGAUUAACGUCCCAAUGUCUUGCUUGCUAAUCGAAAGCACAGUAACACCAACCUACAUAGCUCAUAGAUUCUGUCGAUUGAAGAAAAACAUAAAUUCGUCUAGCAUUGGCUCUUAUGGGUAAAUCUUGGGAAGACUCGUAGUAAGUUAUUCGUUGGUGUUAUUUGUUAUUGGCGGCAUUAAGCAUCUAUCACUCGCGUGUCCACUGGUGACUUGUCAAACGUGAUUAUUAUUGUGGCAUGUUUGUGUCAAAGAGGCCUUUGAUGUUGGUGGACUUGGUGGUCGGGCAGCGAGAUAUUGUCAGUGUUGUGGUAGAGAGAGUGCCUAAAGUUGACAUUGAUUGUUAUUAUUGUGAUCGUGUACAUCCUUAGUGCCUAGGCUUGGGAAUGUUAACGUGCUUCCCCUUGGUCUUGGCUUUUAUUUACCUAUUGUAAGUGGCGUUCUACCCUUUCGACAUCGGCAGUUAUGCGUACGUGCGCUUUGUAUCUUUACCUUGGUUGCACGAGACAUUACAAGACACGUUAGCUCGGCCAAUAUUGCAUUGGUUGAUGGAGCGGUUUGUGGCCCAGCUAUCUAUCUGGGUUGGUAGCCAGCUGCGUCAGACCAGGAAGUACCGCAAGUAUCUGCAAACACGUGCUCGAGUGUAUGGUACUUCCAGCGAUGUGUGUUGCUCAUGCAUGUCACUUAAUGUUCCCCUCGUGUUGAUUUGUGUCGGUGAGGAGGUCGGAGUCCCCCGGUUCCAGAAAUGAUGAGCGAUUUGAUGAUGGAUCCUGGGCAGGAUUUGCUUUUGGCGGCUCUGAGUGAGAGCGGCAUCUGCCCCAAUGACCUGUUCGACCUGGACCCCCAGGAUGCUGUUCCUGUCCCCGCACCUACACAGUCUGUAUCAGUCAGUGCUCUGGAUGGCGUGGGUUUGGCAGCAGAGGCUGCAGGGAUCGUACGCCUGGAACCAACACAGAGCCCCACACCCAGCACCCAAACUAUCACCUUCAGACAGAAGCCGCAGCCCUCCACCACCACAUUUGUCCUGAACCAGCUGAACCAGCUGCCCUCGCUCGGCACCAUCGUGGUCACCAAGCCUGCCGUGCCGGGUGCCACGCCACGGCAGAGCAUCACCGUCACCAAGGUGGUGCACGCCAGAGGAGUCGCCCCCUCCGCCACAGCCGCGGCCACCACCACCGCCACCACCACACGGCUGGUCAACCCCAUAGGCACCGUACGAACACUCAACACUGCAGCAGUCAGGGGAGUCACAGCGACCACGGCCAACGCCCUCCCCUCAGCCGUCACCUCUGUGGCGGCACCAAACCGAGAACAGGUGAAGCUACGAGAGCUGCUGCGUCCGGGAGGAGGAGGAGUGGUAUUAGGAGGAGGAAUAGGGGCACUGAAGAGCAGCAGUAGCAUGAAGAGCAGCAGCCUGGGGGAACUCAUGAAGCUGAAGCCUCCUGCUGACAUCGCACCACCUGUGGCCACCGCCACCGCCGCCAGCACCAAGAUAAUUGUGCUGUCUGCUAAGGUGGUGAAUAGACCAGCGGAUCUAAACAAUGGCAUGAAGAAGGAGGUGAGCAGUAAAGACGUGGCCAGAAUCUGGGUCAACGACGACCUCAAGAUGAGGAGCUACUCCCCCACCAAUAUUCCGCACUUAAAGGAUGAAGAUGAGCAUGAGGAAGAGGAGGACGAGGAGCUGGGGCAUGCGGAGACCUAUGCAGAGUACAUGCCAAUGAAACUGCGAAUAGGGCUGCGGCAUCCGGACCCAGUGGUGGAGACCAGCUCUCUGUCCAGCGUCAACCCCCCUGACGUCUGGUACCGCCUGGCCAUCAACGAGGAGACCAUCGACCGGGGCUGGCUCUCCGCCCUGCAGCUGGAGGCCAUCACCUACGCCAGCCAGCAACACGAGACAUUCCUUCCUAACGAAGACCGGGCGGCGUACCUGAUUGGGGACGGAGCUGGUGUGGGGAAAGGCAGAACGAUCGCCGGCAUCAUCUACGAAAACUACCUGCUGGGGAGGAAGAGAUCCCUAUGGUUCAGUGUGUCCAAUGACCUGAAAUACGAUGCAGAGAGAGAUCUGCGAGACAUUGGGGCCAAGAACAUCUCAGUUCAUUCUCUGAACAAGUUUAAAUACGGCAAGAUUUCCUCCAAGCACAACGGCAGUGUAAAGAAGGGCGUGAUCUUCGCCACGUACUCUUCUCUGAUUGGAGAGAGCCAGUCGGGUGGGAAAUACAAGACGCGCUUCAAGCAGCUGCUGCACUGGUGUGGAGAGGACUUCGAUGGAGUGAUUGUGUUUGACGAGUGUCAUAAAGCUAAGAAUGUGUGUCCCAUUGGCUCCUCCAAGCCCACCAAGACUGGCCUGGCAGUGCUGGAACUGCAGAACAAACUGCCCAAAGCACGAGUGGUCUACGCCAGCGCCACAGGUGCGUCGGAGCCGCGGAACAUGGCCUACAUGAACCGUCUGGGCAUCUGGGGGGAGGGGACGCCCUUUAGGGAGUUCACCAACUUCAUCCAGGCCGUGGAGAGGAGGGGAGUGGGAGCCAUGGAGAUUGUUGCCAUGGAUAUGAAGUUGAGGGGGAUGUACAUUGCGCGGCAGCUCAGCUUCCAGGGUGUGACCUUCAAAAUCGAGGAGGUGCCACUGUCCAAUGACUACAUCAAGAUGUACAACAAGGCCGUGCGCCUGUGGGUGUCGGCUCGUGAGAAGUUCCAGGCGGCAGCGAACCUGAUGGACGCGGAGCAGCGCAUGAAGAAGUCCAUGUGGGGCCAGUUCUGGUCGGCCCACCAGCGCUUCUUCAAGUACCUCUGCAUCGCCUCCAAGGUGCGCCGCGUCGUGCAGCUCGCACGGGAGGAGGUCAAGAACGGAAAGUGUGUGGUGAUCGGUCUCCAGUCCACAGGAGAGGCGAGGACGCUGGAGGCUCUCGAGGAGGGAGGAGGAGAGCUCAACGACUUCGUUUCCACGGCAAAGGGUGUGUUCCAGUCCCUGGUUGAGAAGCACUUCCCGGCAGCUGAUCGCCAGAAGCUGUUCAGCCUACUGGGCAUUGACCUGCCCAGUAAAAAGCCCCCACCAGCCCCAGCCAACAACGCCAGCACUAAGGACAACAAGGGUACCAAGAGGAAAGGUCAGGAGGUGAAGAAGGAGGCCAAGAAGAAGCGGAGGAGGGGCGGGCUCUCGGGAAGCAGCUCAGACGAGAGCCAAUCUGACGAGUCGGAGCAGGAGGCGGAGAGCGACGACAGCUUCAAGUCCGUGAGCUCAGGAGAGGAGGACGAGGACGACUUCAACCCCUUCAGGGACGAGUCCAGCGAGGACGAGGAGGACGACCCGUGGUUGAUCCGUAAGGACUCCAAGAAGGCAAAGAAGGAGAAGAAGGGGAAGAAGAGGAAGAAGAGUAUCGAUCCCGACUCCAUCCAGAGCGCCCUGCUGGCCUCAGGACUCGGCUCCACGCGGCCCGCCUUCACCACACCCGUCAUACCCAAGGCGCCGCCCCCCGUCGCUCCACCAGCUAAGAUAGAGAGUGACAUGAGCUGCGUGACCAGUCAGGACGCGGUGGAGGACGCUCAGCAGAUGAAGUGCCACCUGCUGGAGGAGUUGGAGAAGCUGUCGGAACAGCUGCCCCCCAACACCCUCGACGAACUCAUCGACGAGCUGGGGGGACCAGACAACGUAGCCGAGAUGACGGGUCGUAAGGGCCGGGUGGUGAGCAACGACGACGGAAGCAUCUCUUACGAGUCCCGCUCUGAGCUGGACGUUCCCGUGGAGAUCCUCAACCUGACGGAGAAGCAGCGCUUUAUGGAUGGAGAGAAGAACAUCGCCAUCAUCUCGGAGGCGGCGAGCUCGGGCAUUUCCCUGCAGGCCGACCGGCGGGUCAAGAACCAGCGGCGGAGGGUCCACAUGACGCUGGAGCUGCCCUGGAGCGCAGACAGAGCCAUCCAGCAGUUCGGUCGAACUCAUCGGUCCAAUCAGGUAACAGCUCCAGAGUAUGUCUUCCUGAUCUCGGAGCUGGCGGGAGAGCAGCGGUUCGCCUCUAUUGUCGCCAAGAGACUGGAGAGCCUGGGCGCUCUGACGCACGGAGACAGGAGAGCCACAGAGACACGAGACUUGAGCCGAUUCAACUUUGACAACAAGUAUGGCAGAAAUGCGCUGGAAAUAGUCAUGAAGUCCAUCGUCAGCCUGGACUCCCCCCUCGUCUCGCCCCCCGCAGACUUCUCAGGAGACUUCUAUAAAGAGAUCCGUAAUGGCCUAAUAGGUGUGGGACUCAUAAAUGUGGAAGAUCGUUCAGGCGUACUCACACUGGAUAAAGAUUAUAACAACAUCGGUAAGUUCCUGAAUCGUAUCCUGGGUAUGGAGGUGCAACAGCAGAACGCCCUGUUCCAGUACUUCGCAGACACGCUCACCGCAGUCAUCCAGAACGCCAAGAAGAACGGACGCUACGACAUGGGCAUCCUGGAUCUGGGUUCCGGAGAUGAGAAGGUGAAGAAGGUGGACACGAAGAAGUUCCUGACGCCAGGAUACUCCACCUCAGGACACGUGGAGCUCUACACUGUGAGUGUGGAGAGGGGGAUGUCGUGGGAGGAUGCGACUCACAUCUGGGCGGAGCAUAACGGUUCUGAUGACGGCUUCUAUGUACAGGUGCGUAACAAUAGGAAGACGGCCCUGCUCGUGACGGAAGUGAACACUAAGAAGAGACUCUUCCUUGUCUACCGGCCCAAUACCGGCAAGCAGCUGAAACAGGAGACCUACGCAGACAUACGCAAGAAGUGCAAAAAGGUCCUGUCAGACGAUGCCAAGCAGCACUGGAUAGAUCAGUACAACUCUUCUGCUGAGAUUUGUGCUCAUGCGUACUGGAGGGGUAACUGCAAGAAGGCGUCUGCGGGGCUGCAGUGUGAGAUCGGCUUGCGGUGUCGUACCUACUACGUGCUGUGCGGCUCGGUGCUCAGCGUCUGGACCAAAGUGGAGGGAGUGCUGGCCUCCGUCAGUGGCACCAACGUCAAGAUGCAGAUCGUACGCCUGCGAACGGAGGAUGGCCAGAGGAUCGUGGGCCUGCUGAUCCCGGCCAAUUGCGUGUCUCCGCUGACCAACCUGCUGUCGUCGUCGGACCAAUCACAGCAGCUGGCUGUCCAGCAGCAGCAGAUGUGGCAGCAGCUCCACCCUCAGAGCCUCAGCCACCCCCACAACACAUAGCCACUCCCCCUUUAGAACACGUGACUCCUCCCCUCUUCCUCCUCACCUGCAGCCGGCAGGCUCCGGACUUUAACCCUUUCCCUGCUCCUCUUCUCCUCCGUGUCCUCUGACCUCUGCCGCUGGCUGGCUGCUUCCUGGCAGUCAGCGGUGCGGAUGGGACAGCCAAUGGAGCUGGAGCACUGAGCGUCACUCAGACACACAGACAGACUGAUACAGGCACAUCGGCGUGCUGAGGCUCUGUGAUCUGGGUGGCUGAGCAGAGCAGAGCAGAUCAGAGCAGAUCUGAACUUUAUUGGAGUGGGAUGGGGUAUCUCCCUGAUCCUCUGGGAGAGCGAGACAGAGAGAGAGAGAGAGAGAGAGGCUGACCGAGGAAAGAGCUGUGGUGCCUUCCUCAUCGUCCUCAUCGUCCUCCUGCUCUGUGUUACCUUUUGACUUUUGAACUUUGACCUCUGGCAGGAAGAGCGUUGGUGGCUCUGGCCUCCUCAUCUUCUCCCCCUCCUCAUGACACUGACGGGUCCACUCUCAGGGGGCGCACUAGCGAGCGUCAUCCCCUCCACAACUCACUUGCAUCAAGGGGCUAUAUUUGCAAGCUUCAUACCCUCCUUUCCUCUCCUCACGCGCAUCAGGGGCCGCACUACGCAAGCUUCAUCCCUCCACACCUCACUCACACUCACACACACACACACACACACUCACACGCACACACACACACACACACACACACACACACACACUCACUCACUGACUCACACACUCACACUCACAUGCACACAGACGCACACUACACACAGCUUCAUCCCUCCGUUCCCCCUCUUAAUGCACGCAUGCAUGCAGGGUAUUGGGGUCCAUUUCUCUUCUCUUGUACACAUGGAUACAGAGUUUAGGUGUUCAUCUGUCCCCUCUCACACAUGCACAGAUUGGUUGAUGCAGACACCUAAACAACACCACCACCUGUCCUUACACACACUCAACCCUUUUCAUACACACACACACACACACACACACACACACACACACACACACACACACACACACACACACACACUUCUUCUGGUCUGUCCACACACAACUCCUCUCCCCACACACAACUCCUCUGCCCACACACAACUCUAUCGUCUCAGUCUGAUUUGCUACCUAGCAUGCUGUGAUGCAAGGGCAGAGAGUGUGUGUGUGUGUUGGUGAGCUUGUGCGAGGGCGUAUUUUAUAUAUGUAUGUAUGGAUGGAUGGAUGGAUGGAUGGAUGUGUGUGUGCUUGCCUCCUCAUUAUGGGCAGUGGAGCACUGAGACUGCAUGGUAGGCAACAGCUCUGUUAACUGCUGUUAGACUGUCAUGGUGUAUGCUCAUAGAGCGUCUUAAACUCCUGUCAGUCCAGAUGGGACCGCUGUGGAUGCAGUGCAGUAAGUCGUCGGUCACAGACCGCAGGAGCUCAGUUCGAAUCCCUGCUCAAACUGGAACCCCUUCAUAUUCACGCUGAGGCACUGAGGACAGCUCUGAGCUCUGUCACUGGUGCGCCAAGGGAACCUAAGCUCCUCUUUUUCUUUAAUUUUUUUAGUUUUCUUAAAUUUCCUUUGUCCGUUUUUUUUUUCAGAGUGCUGUAUAUGUGUACGGGGUAGGGCUCUCUUCUUCUAGGUUGCUUUUUUUGCUAUACCAGCGUGUAUAGGUGCAUAUCUUACAAAAGUACAUGUUUUUGUUGAAAAUAAUAGAUGUUAAAAACACUUGAAGGAAAACUGUCAUUUCAUCCUUGCACGAGUUGCACUAGUGACUGAUUUGAUGUAUAAAGACGACUAUUGCAAUGAGCUAUGUGCAAGACGACUACCUCUUGCACACGACCAAUAAAACUCCAUGUGGACAAAUGAA